UGCACAGUGAGCAAUGUCUUCCCCCUAAAGUCCCCUGACACUCAAGGAAGUGGAAAGGACGGAGCACACACUCAAAAGUCUCCUGUCUAGUCCCCAAUCUGGCUCACAGGAGGCUCAAUCGAUUAGAGUCCCCAUCGAUUAACUAAUGCAAGCUAAGGGAGCAUCCGAGGCAAAAGCAUUUCCUUCUGAUUAUGUGAUUAAUGAGAUUCUUUUUCCUUUCAAUUUCAGUCAAAGACAUAGAUGGGGGAAUCGAUCAAGACAUAUUUGAUAUCAAUGAAGAUUUGGGGCUGGACCUUUUUGAGGGAGACAUCAGACUCCAGGCACAUGUGAAGAAUUCCAUCAUUGGAGACCACUACAGAUGGCCACAUACCAUUCCAUAUGUUCUAGAAGACAGCUUGGAAAUGAAUGCUAAAGGAGUUAUCCUCAAUGCGUUCGAGCGCUAUCGCCUUAAAACGUGCAUUGACUUCAAGCCUUGGUCUGGAGAAGCUAACUAUAUAUCAGUGUUCAAGGGCAGUGGGUGCUGGUCUUCAGUGGGAAACGAUCACGCUGGGAAGCAAGAGCUGUCCAUUGGGACAAACUGUGACAGAAUAGCAACAGUUCAACAUGAGUUCCUCCACGCCCUGGGAUUCUGGCACGAGCAGUCCCGCGCUGAUCGGGAUGAUUACGUCACUAUAGUUUGGGACAGGAUUCAGUCAGGCAAGGAGCACAAUUUCAACAUCUACAAUGACAGUGUGUCUGAUUCCCUGAACGUCCCGUAUGACUAUACCUCGGUAAUGCACUACAGUAAAACCGCUUUCCAGAAUGGAACCGAGUCCACCAUCGUCACGAGAAUCUCAGAGUUCGAGGAUGUGAUUGGCCAACGGAUGGACUUCAGUGACUAUGACCUUUUGAAGCUGAACCAGCUGUACAACUGCACUUCUUCCUUGAGUUUUAUGGACUCCUGCGAUUUUGAAUUGGAAAAUAUCUGUGGCAUGAUCCAAAGUUCAGGGGACAGUGCUGACUGGCAGCGGGUUUCACAGGUUCUCAGCGGUCCAGAGAACGACCACUCCAAUAUGGGCCAGUGCGAAGACGCUGGCUUCUUCAUGCAUUUCAACACCAGCGCUGGGAAUGAGGGGGCCACAGCGAUGCUGGAGAGCAGAGUACUGUACCCCAAGAGAGGGUUUCAGUGCUUGGAGUUUUAUCUGUACAACAGCGGAAGCCGAAACGACCAACUGAAUAUCUACACCCGGGAGUACACUGCAGGCCGGCCAGAUGGUGUUUUAACCCUUCAGAGAGAAAUAAAAGAAAUACCCAUGGGGAGCUGGCAACUUUACUAUGUAACAUUGAACGUGACUGAAAAGUUUCGAGUGGUGUUUGAAGGACUCAGAGGCCCUGGCGCAUCAUCAGGCGGUCUGUCUAUCGACGACAUCAAUCUCUCGGAAACAAGGUGUCCUCACCAUAUCUGGCACAUACAGAAUUUCACCCAGCUUCUUGGCAGCCAGUACACAAAUGUGUACAGUCCUCCAUUUUAUUCUUCUAAAGGUUACGCUUUUCAGAUUUACAUGGAUCUACAAUCCUCGACGGAUGUAGGAAUUUAUUUCCACCUGAUCUCCGGUGCCAAUGACGAUCACUUACAGUGGCCGUGUCCUUGGCAACAAGCCACAAUGACACUCUUGGACCAAAAUCCUGACAUCCGACAGCGUAUGUCCAACCAGCGGAGUAUAACCACAGACCCAACAAUGACCAGUGAUAAUGGAAGCUAUUUUUGGGACAGACCUUCCAAGGUGGGAGUGGUGGAUGUUUUCCCUAAUGGAACUCAGUUUAGCAGAGGCAGAGGCUAUGGAACUUCUGUCUUCAUAACCCACAAGAGGCUGAAGAGCAGAGAGUUCAUAAAAGGAGAUGACAUUUACAUCUUACUGACCGUUGAAGACAUAUCUCAUCUCAAUUCUACGUCAGCUGUCCCAGAUCCAGUUCCCACCUCGACUCCCCGUAAUGCCUGCUCUGAGGUCGAAUGUCAGAACGGUGGCAUCUGCACUGUCCAAGAUGGCAGAGCUGAGUGCAAGUGUCCUGCGGGAGAAGACUGGUGGUACAUGGGCAAAAGGUGUGAGAAGAGAGGGUCCACCCGAGACACUAUUGUCAUCGCUGUCUCUUCCACGGUCGCCGUGUUUGCUGUGAUGCUAAUCAUCACUCUUGUCAGUGUCUACUGCACCCGGAGGAAAUAUCAGAAGAAGGCUGUUGCAAACACGGCAGCCAUGCAUCUAGAAAACCAACAUGCGUUUUGAAUAUUAACCCACGCCAGCAGGUGAAACGAAAAGAGGCCUUCCAUCGUAGAAGAAUAUUUCACUCAAGCUGUGUGACAUUCACAGCAUUCCAAACCAGAUUGUCUCUGUAAAUAGCUGAAUGCAUAAUAAAUCAUUAUUUUGGUAAAAGUCAAA